AUGAGAAAUGGAUUUAAAAGAAUUUAUCUUGCAAUGAUUAAUGAAAAGGAAUUUCACAAAUUGAAAAUUCCCAAAAAUGGAGAAGUGGUCUCUCCCAGAUUAUUUAUUCUUUUUAUGGAGUCAGAAAAAGCAAUUGCCAAUGCCAUUCUAUGUACUUAUCAGGACAAGUCAUUUCCCUAUGAGUAUAUUCCAUCUGUAUUUUAUAACUAUGAUCAAGGCAAUGUUCCAUUCGAAUACGAAGAUCCUCUUCAUGAAGGUACAAAGAGUAUUGCGUUAGUGAAACAUCUCACUCUAUCUGUAUUGUACAGCCAGAGUUUUGAGUACGAAACAUUAAUUAGAAAUUGCUUCAUUAAUGUCACUGAUUGUCAUGUUGGACUCUUUAACAAACUCUCUAGAAAAUCUUGGGAAAUGAUGAAAUCUGUGCUAAUUUCAAACUUUGGAAAUUCACAACAACACAUUCUUCUCAUGGCAGUAAACUGGACCAUAUUGGCCCAUGUACCAGGAAUGAAUAGUUUGAAAGAAAAAGUCAAUGAAUGUUGCACUGAUUACAUUCCUCACUCUGAAAUUGAAGCAUAUUGUUCGGAACAUGACAUUUCAACAUUUGUAGACUUUAAACCUCAAAUUGAACAAGAUUUGGUUGAUAUUGUUGAAAUCAUUGUGAAAUUGCUCUUAUUGAGAGUUCAACAUUAUAAUUUAUUUGGGAAAGAGAAUUUGCAUAGAUUUAGCAUAUUUCAUGUCAACAAAACGAGAAAGUAA